AUGGCUCUCGAAUGGGUUGUGUUGGGCUACGCGGCGGCGGCUGAAGCGAUUAUGGUCAUCCUCUUGACGAUGCCGGGACUCGACGCUCUCCGCAACGGACUGGUCUCCGUCACUCGUAAUCUCCUGAAACCGUUUCUCUCGAUCAUCCCCUUCUGUCUCUUCCUGCUGAUGGAUAUCUACUGGAAGUACGAGACCCGACCUUCCUGCGACGGCGAUUCAUGUACUCCUUCCGAGCACCUCCGUCACCAGAAGUCCAUCAUGAAAUCCCAGCGCAACGCGCUCCUCAUCGCGUCUGCUCUCGUUUUCUACUGGAUUCUCUACUCCGUCACCAACCUGGUCGUCAGGAUCGAGCACCUUAACCAGCGUGUCCAGAGGCUCAAGAACAAGGAUUAA